AUGCAGAGUUCUGUUAUUGUACUGUUUUCAUGGACUCUCCUCUACUCAAUCAAGAAGUCCCACAAAUUCAACAAAUCGGGAAUUGCUGUAAGUUGCUUGAAUCCUCGAAAUCCUAACUUGUUAUGGGGAGAUUAUGGCUCACCCAUCAAACCCCUUUCUUAUUUAAUCCCAUUUUUUCACAAAGUCAAGGACUUUGCUGUGAAAUCAUCAAAGCAGAACUGGACUUCUGUUUUCCAGAAAUUUAGCGGGCAAGAAACUUUGCGGAAUGGGUCAUUAGGAAUGGCACUCAUGUGUGUGACAUCAACAGCCAAGGUUAAAAUAAGCCCCUUUGUGGCUACAUUAGCCGCCAACCCGACUUUUGUUUCGGGUUUAUUUGCUUGGGUUAUUGCUCAAUCAGUGAAGGUUUUCUUGAAUUUUUGUGUAGAGAGGAAAUGGGAUUUUAGGAUUAUGUGUUCCUCCGGUGGAAUGCCCUCUUCUCACUCUGCUAUGUGUACUGCAUUAACUACUUCUGUGGCUAUUUGCCACGGAGUGGCAGAUUCUUUGUUUCCGGUUUGUUUGGGGUUCAGUUUGAUCGUAAUGUAUGAUGCCAUCGGUGUUAGACGGCAUGCUGGAAUGCAAGCGGAGGUUCUCAAUCUGAUCGUCGAGGACUUAUUCCAAGGGCAUCCAAUGAGCCAAAGAAAGCUCAAAGAACUUCUCGGCCACACUCCGUCCCAGGUUGUUGCUGGAGCUCUGCUUGGAGUAGUGGUAGCUUGGAUAUGUUGUCGGGGUUGCUUGAUUGCGAGCUAA